GUUGACGUCACGAUGAUAGAGUCCAGGCUUAUUACUUGCCUGUGUAUCUCUGGCUGCUGCAGAUCAUCAUCAAUCUGCACAGAGCACACGAGGACAACUUAUUGCAGUAAUGGAGAUCUGAGCAAUUAACAUCCUAUUAAACAUCUGUAACCACCAUCAGCUGAAAAACCAAGCAUAUUUCUUUUUCAUUAUUACUACAGCCAAUAUUUUAUUAACGGAAGGUUCUCCCGGCAGCAUGACAGACAAUCUUCCAAACAGUGUUGUUCAAAUGGAACCUGUUAUCAACGGGUUACACAUGCAAGAUGGCCCUACAAAAGUCACCGGAGGGUCUACGCUCACCUUCCACAACAUCAAUUACAGAGUUAAAAUUAAAACUGGAUUGUUGUGCUGCAAGAAGAUAGUGAAGAGAGAAAUAUUGAAAGAUCUCAAUGGAAUUAUGAGACCUGGCCUCAAUGCCAUCUUGGGACCCACUGGAAGUGGCAAAUCAUCGCUUCUGGAUGUCCUUGCUGCCAGGAAGGACCCACACGGCUUGUCUGGGGAAGUUCUAGUUGAUGGAAAACCUCAGCCUCCCAACUUUAAAUGCAUCUCUGGUUAUGUUGUGCAAGAUGAUGUUAUAAUGGGAACCCUCACAGUAAGAGAAAACUUGCAGUUCUCUGCAGCUCUCCGAUUGCCCAGAUCAUUGAGACAAAAGGACAAAGAUGAGAGGAUCAAUCAAAUCAUCAAGGAGCUAGGAUUGACCAAGGUAGCAGACUCAAAGGUGGGCACGCAGCUGAUCCGUGGAGUGUCUGGAGGAGAAAGAAAAAGAACUAAUAUUGGCAUGGAGCUGAUCACUGACCCUGGUGUGUUAUUCUUAGACGAGCCAACCACUGGUUUGGAUGCCAGUACUGCCAACGCUGUCCUGUUGCUGUUAAAAAGAAUGUCCAGGCAAGGAAAGACAAUCAUCUUCUCUAUCCACCAACCUCGUUAUUCCAUCUUCAGACUGUUUGAUACUUUGACUUUGCUAGCGGGAGGUAGAAUGUUAUACCACGGUCCCGCUCAGUCUGCCCUGGAUUACUUCACGGAGCUGGGUUAUGAAUGUGAGGAACACAACAACCCGGCUGACUUCUUUUUAGAUGUCAUCAAUGGAGACUCAACAGCUGUAGCUCUGAACAAAAUGGACACUGUAAAUUUGGAUUUGAAUGAGGUAAAUGAUGGUGGAGUUCAAACAGUGGUAGAAAAGUUAUCAGAACAGUUCGUCGGCACCGGUUACUAUCGUGAAACAAAAGCCGAGUUGCAGAAAUUAUCACUGGGCGAGAAAGUAAAAACCAAUUUUUUCUCCAGACAAAUCACAUACAACACAUCAUUUUUCCAUCAACUCAAGUGGGUGUCUAAGAGAAACUUCAAAAACCUGUUGGGGAACCCUCAAGCAUCUGUUGCACAGGUGGUGGUUAGCCUUAUUUUGUCGCUUAUUGUGGGAGCCAUUUUUUUUGGCGUUCAAGAAAAUGAAAGUGGGAUUCAGAACAGAGUCGGCUCUCUGUUCUUCAUUACAACAAACCAGUGUUUCAGCAGUGUCUCUGCCAUUGAACUCUUCAUUGUGGAGAAAAAGAUUUUUAUACAUGAAUAUAUCAGUGGAUAUUACAGACUGUCUUCAUACUUUUUCUCAAAGUUAAUGUCAGAUUUACUUCCCAUGAGAACAUUGCCAAGUGUCAUAUUUACUUGUGUUAUCUAUUUCAUGAUAGGGUAUAAACCUACUGCAGGGGCUUUCUUCAUUAUGAUGUUUACUUUGAUGAUGACAUCCUACACUGCCACUUCCAUGGCACUUGCAGUAGCAGCCGGUCAAGAUGUUGUCGCAGUAGCCACCCUUCUGAUGACAAUCUGCUUCGUUUUUAUGAUUAUCUUCUCAGGGUUACUGGUGAACUUGACAUCCAUCAUGAGUUGGCUAUCCUGGCUGAAGUACUUCAGUAUUCCCAGAUAUGGUCUAACAGCUCUACAAGUAAACGAAUUCACUGGACUGGAUUUUUGUUCUCAAAACAUCACUAAACCAGACGUUACUGGAAACUGCAGCACCCCCAGUCCUUUUUCCACGUGCACAGGAGAAGAAUAUUUGAGCAUGCAAGGAAUUGAUUACACUUCAUGGGGCUUGUGGCAGAACCACUUAGCCUUAGCUUGUAUGACAAUUAUAUUCCUCACAAUUGCCUAUGUGAAGCUGUAUUUUAUGAAGAAGCUCACCUAAGUUAAAGCUUGAAUGAUGGAAUCUGGUCAUUCCUCAGCCUUAUGUAUAUUACAUGUAUAUAUGUGUUCUAUUGGUGACACAGCUGAGAUUAAUUAACCGUAACGGACGCAUUGCUAUUACUAAUUCUUGCAGUUCACUAUUUUUUUACAUUUAUUUUUAAUGCAGGUUUAUGACUGUGUGUCAGUCGGUGCUUUUCAAUAUGCCCUAUUAUUUGAGCCAAUAAUAGUUUAUUUGCUGUAUGCAAGAAUGUUUUGUAUUAAUAAUCACCCUUUAUAGCAAGUGUAUUUGUUUAUAUAUACAUGUUUUAAUCUUAGCUGUAUUUCAUAAUGUUAACAGUGUUCUACGGUUGUGUAAAUUUUACUUGCUUGAUUAUUUAUGGAUAAUUUCAGUUUAUUAAAUUUAGUAACGUUAAACUUUCUGGUUAGAUAUAAAAACCUGAAAAUAAAUAAUUUUUUUGUAUUUUCGGUUAAUUCUUUGUUAUAACACAGUACUGUAAACAAACUGAAUUAACCUACUGAUAACAAAAAAUACUGUAUUUAAACCUCUGUAAAUUCAUAAAAAAAAUUUCAGUUGCAAAAAAGUAUAUUAUUAAGCACCAAGUGCCUGUUUUGAUUUGAAAAAAUACAUAAAGUUCUAUUUAUAUUCUGAA